AGCCGAAAACCUGCCAGGGCUCGUUCUGUUGGGUUUCUCCUCGUGUCUGAACUGUUUACCUGCUCAUUUACAUUUAAACAGCCAGGGAGGAGGCAGGGCUGAGAGUUGAGCAACACUUCUUUUCUUCUUUUGUUUUUUUUAAAGCCAGUUAAGCGCCGAGACCUCUUCAAACUCCGCACGGUCCAUCAUUCCACCAUGUUGGUCUCUUUCAUCCUCCUGUGGCUCUGUGUCGUCUUCUUCAUUCUCUGUCUCAGAUGUCAGAGACCCAAGAACUUUCCGCCAGGACCUACUCCUCUGCCGGUGCUGGGGAACUUGUUGAACCUCAGCCUAGACAACCCCAUGAAGGACUUUGAGAGGCUGAGGAAGCGCUAUGGAAACGUCUACAGCCUGUUCAUUGGUCCCAAACCAGCUGUGGUCAUCAAUGGGGUGCAGGCCAUGAAGGAGGCGAUGGUCACUAAGGCUGCCGACUUUGCCGGACGACCCCAAGACAUUUUUGUCGGCGACAUCACCCAGAACGCAAUGGUGCUGGCAGACUACGGCCCUGGCUGGAAGGAGCAUCGCCGCUUCACUCUGAUGACCUUGAGGAAUUUGGGCCUGGGGAAGCAGUCCAUGGAGCAGAGGAUUCUGGGAGAGAUACAGUUCACAGCGGAAACACUGGAGAAGAGCAUUGGUACAAACUUGAGUCCCCAAGUUCUGUUUCACAACGCAGCCUCCAACAUCAUCUGCCAGGUUCUGUUUGGUACACGAUACGACUAUGAUGAGGACUUCAUCAAAGUGGUUGUUCAGUGCUUCAAAGAAAACUCCAAGAUAGCUAAUGGGCCCUGGGCUAUGCUGUAUGACUCCUUUCACAUGAUUCGAAAACUCCCGCUGCCAUUCAUGAAGGCCUUUAAGAACAUUGAGACGUGUAGGAAACUUUCCACCCGCCUGAUUGCGGAGCAUAAGAGGACCAGAGUCCCCGGGCAACCGCGAGACUUUCUUGACUGCUAUCUGGAUGAACUGGAUAGGAGAGGCGAUGACGGUUCCUCUUUCAGCGAGGAUCGACUCAGCCUCUUCGUUCUGGAUCUUCACUUUGCCGGCACUGACACUACAUCCAACACCCUGCUCACUGGCUUCCUCUACCUCAUGACCUACCCCCACAUACAAGAGAGAUGUCAGCAGGAGAUAGACCUCACGUUGGAGCAGAAGGCGCACGUCACUUACGGCGACAGGCACAACAUGCCUUACAUGCAGGCUGUGAUCCAUGAAGUCCAGAGGACGGCCAACACUGUCCCUCUCAGUGUCUUCCACUCUACAACCACAGACACGGAGCUCAUGGGAUAUUCCCUGCCACGGGGCACAUUGAUCGUCCAGAACCUGGACUCGGUGCUGAGCGAGGAGGGACAGUGGAAAUUUCCUCACGAAUUCAACCCUGACAACUUCCUCAAUGACCAGGGCGAGUUCGUCAAACCGGAGGCCUUCAUGCCUUUCUCUGCAGGUCACCGCGUGUGCCUCGGUGAGAGUCUGGCUCGUAUGGAGCUCUUCCUCAUCACGGUGACCCUGCUGAGGAAGUUCAAGUUCAUCUGGCCCGAGGAGGCCGGAGAGCCCGACUACGCGCCAGUUUUUGGGGUGACUCUGUCUCCCAAACCUUACCUCAUGAAGGUACAACUCAGGGCCACACAUUAGACUAUCUGCAGGGACGAAGGAUGUGAAUCCAAAUGGACACAAGUGGCCGAGGAGACGUAAAGCCCACGGAGGCAGAAGGCAUCUUCUUUAUUGUAUGGAUGAAAUGAUCUUGCCAGUGUAGCAUUGUGUUGUCUAAAGGUGGCGGUGAAAGGACAAUAUGUGGGUAAUGCCUCCCCCAAGUGGUAAAACGGUGGUAACGCAUUUAAUAAGGUGUCAUUUUCAAAAACAUGAAAAAUGUGACAAGAAAAAGCUUCAACUCUUUGGAGCGACCUGAUUUCUACACAACACUGGACAUACAACGUGAAGUACAUGUGCUUUUUAAAAUAAACAUGAUA